ACGUCAUCCAUUCUGUUUCCCACGCGGACCAAAAGACAGACAACACAGUCAGAAAGGAAACCCCAUAGACAGUAAAAGGGAAACCCGAAACCAAAGCUUUUGCUUCAUAAAUCUGUUGAGCUCCGUGGCAAAGACCACAAUAGAAAAAGAUGUCUAAAGGAACCGUGGUCUUAGCAUACAGUGGAGGACUGGACACAUCUUGUAUCCUUGUGUGGCUCAAGGAGCAAGGCUAUGAUGUAAUCGCUUACUUGGCCAACAUUGGGCAGGACGAGGACUUUGAGGCUGCACAGAAGAAAGCUGAGAGUCUAGGGGCAAAAAAGGUGUUCAUUGAGGAUGUGCGAGCUGAGUUUGUGGAGGAGUUCAUCUGGCCAUCAGUCCAAGCCAACGCCAUUUACGAGGACCGCUACCUGCUGGGCACCUCUGUGGCGCGGCCCUGCAUCGCCCGCAGGCAGGUGCAGAUAGCUCGCCAGGAGGGGGCCCAGUACGUCUCCCAUGGGGCCACAGGGAAGGGAAAUGACCAAAUUCGCUUUGAGCUGACCUGCUAUGCUCUCUACCCUGAGGUUAAAAUCAUUGCUCCCUGGAGGAUCCCAGAAUUCUACACCCGUUUCAAGGGUAGGAAGGACCUGAUGGAAUAUGCUGAGAAACAUGGCAUCCCAGUGCCUGUCACUCCAAAGGCGCCAUGGAGCAUGGACGCUAACCUCAUGCACAUCAGCUACGAGUCCGGUAUCCUGGAGAACCCAAAGAGCCACGCUCCAUCUGAUCUCUACCUAAUGACCAAGAACCCAGAAGACACUCCCAACUCCCCAGAUCUGAUCGAACUCGAGUUCAGAAAAGGUGUGCCAGUCAAGGUGUCCCAUCUGAAGGAUGGCAAAUCCAAGGACACUCCCCUCGAGAUCUUCACCUACCUCAACGAGAUCGGUGGAAGGCAUGGUGUCGGCAGAAUCGAUAUCGUUGAGAACCGCUUCAUCGGAAUGAAGUCCAGAGGUAUUUAUGAGACCCCUGGAGGCACCAUCCUGUACCACGCUCACCUGGACAUCGAGGCCUUCACCAUGGACCGAGAGGUGCGCCGCAUCAAGCAGAGCCUGGGCAUCCGCUUCUCCGAGCUCCUCUACAACGGGUUCUGGUAUAGCCCGGAGUGUGAUUUUGUGCGCCACUGCAUCGACAAGUCUCAAGAGAUGGUGGAGGGCAAAGUGCAGAUGUCUGUCUUCAAGGGCCAGGUCUACAUCCUGGGCAGGGAGUCGCCCAAGUCUCUUUACAAUGAAGAGCUAGUGAGCAUGGAUGUGCAAGGUGACUAUGAUCCCUGCGACGCCUCUGGGUUCAUUAAGAUCAAUGCUGUCAGGCUCCGGGAGCACCAUCGUUUGCAGGGUGACAUGGCCUCAAAGAAGUGAGGCCGGCUCAGAAUCAGUCCUCCUUUCUUAAUCCCAAACAACACCUCACAUGUGCCUAGUAGAUGGAAAGGGACAGUUCUGCCAAACUAAUUCUGCCAAUCAGUUGCUGAAUGCUAGCGUGGUCAAAACCCCACAGCAUGGCAUUGGUAGGUUGAAUGGUUUGGUUGAAUUCCCGCCAAGUGUCCUGUUCUUCUAGUCAGCUUUGUGUCGGUUGUAGUGCUAGUGUUGUAAUUGGAUCUCUACAAAUGAAUUAGAAGAGAUGUUUUGUUUGUUCAAUUAAAUAAGUCGACCAUUUGAA